GGAAGUGAGCCUUUUUUGUUUAUCUAAAAGGGGCGUUUCCCAAAGUGUCAAAGAGGUUCAUUUUGCAUGUGUGUUUUCGGAUAUUGUUGCACACGAUCAACGAAGCAAGAAAUUGUAACAUUCUUCUGUGACCAGUGAUAUUUUCUCAAUCUGUUAUUAUGUCAGAAUCGAUCAAGAAUGUUGCAAUAUUUGGGGCCACGGGAAUGACGGGACUGGUGACCUUACCACUGGCUGUUGCAGCGGGUUACAAUGUGACAGUGCUGGUGAGGGAUCCUGCCAGGCUGCCUGCAGAACACAAAGCCUGCAGGGUGGUGGUGGGAGAUGUCCUCAAUAAGGAGGAUGUGAAGAAGACCAUGCAGGGUCAGGAUGCUGUUAUCAUCAUUCUAGGCACCAGGAGUGACCUCAGUCCCACAACAAUGAUGUCAGAAGGAACCAGAAACAUCCUAGACGCCAUGAAAGCUCGGGGGAUCCGCAAAGUAGUUGGCUGCAUGUCGGCCUUCCUCCUAUGGGACCGGUCUAAAGUGCCAGCCAGGCUCCUGCCGGUCACGGAGGACCAUGAUAGGAUGUACAUGGUGCUGAAGGAGUCGGGGCUGGAUUUUGUGGCUGUCAUGCCCCCUCACAUCGACGAUAACUUCCCUUUGACUGAGAAGUACACAGUGACAGAGAACAUGCUGAAAGGGCGCGUCAUUUCCAAAUAUGACCUGGGACACUUCUUCAUCAAGUGCUUGUCCAUCUCUGACUGGGACAGGAAGACCGUUGGGGUUUGCGGGGAGUACAGUUAACCCUAACAAGACAGAGCCCUCCUCCUUCUCUGUUUCCAUGAAGCAGUUACCACAACUGGCCUAUCAGACACCGCAACUUAGAUCCUAUUUCUACAGGCCAAUCGUUCUUGCUUGAAAGAAAUGGAAGCUUUGGCUUUUCCUAAUGUUUUGUAAUUAUUUUCAUUAUCUUGACAAUGGAUAUUAUAAUGUAGGAAAAACGUAAUAUGUUGAUCAUCUUUGUAGUUGUGUGUGGGUCUCAGACUUUGUGCAGACCUAUAUCGUUGAAAUAUUUAUAUUCUUCCAAAUAGCAAUUUAAUGUUGAAUGUACAGUAUGAGUGCAAAGUGAGACAGCAAUUAGGCCUAUGUGUUAUUGAUAGCCUAGGCCUACUUGUAGCCUGAUCGUGUGCUCUGCCAACAAAUGUAGACUACAAAUGUAUACAUUCCUAAGAAUCAUAUUAUAUGUCAUCAUUUUAUAGCUUGCUUUUGAAAUAAAGGGUUGCCAGUC